AUGCCUACGAUUGGUGUUAAACGAAGUUUACUUUUCAAUGCACUUGGACAAGAAUUUACUGACGAAGAAUUUGAUCAAUUAUGUUUUGAUUAUGGAAUAGAAUUAGAUAAAAUUGAACCAAUACCCGAAAGCAAGGGUAAAGAUGUCGAAUAUAAAAUCGAUAUACCAGCAAAUCGUUAUGAUAUGCUUUGUUUGGAAGGGAUAAGUCGUGCAUUAAAAAUCUUUUUACAAAAGGAUGAACUACCAAAAUUUCAUUUAUCGAAAUUUAAUGAAAAUCAAAAACCAAUUCGAAUGAAAAUUUUACCAAAUACUCAGCGUAUUCGCCCAAUAGUUGUUUGUGCUGUUCUUCGUAAUGUUACAUUCAAUGCUGAAAGUUAUAACAGUUUUAUAGAAUUACAAGAUAAACUUCAUCAAAAUUUAUGUCGAAAUCGAACAUUAGUUGCUAUUGGUACACAUGAUCUUGAUACAAUUCAACCUCCAUUUAUUUAUGAUGCUCAACAACCGAAACAAAUUAAAUUCCGUUCAUUAAAACAACAGAAUGAAAUGCAAGCCGAUGAAAUGCUUGAAUUUUAUUCCAAAGAUUCUCAUCUUAAACGUUAUGUAUCAAUUAUUCAAGAUUCUGAUGUUUAUCCGGUUAUAUAUGAUUCGAAUAAUGUUGUUCUUUCACUUCCACCAAUUAUUAACGGUGAUCAUAGUAAAAUGAGUGUGAAUACAAAAAAUGUUUUUAUUGAAUGUACUGCAGUGGAUUUACAUAAAGCAAAUGUUGUACUUAACAUAAUAUUAACUAUGUUUGCUCAAUAUUGUAGUAAACCAUUCGAAAUUGAACCUGUUGAAGUAGAACAAGUAGAUGGAACAGUAAUAUUAUAUCCCAAUUUAAAUGAUCGAACUGAAAAUGUUUCAGUGAAAAAGAUGAAUCAACGUAUUGGAAUUCAAGUUGAUGUUGAAACUGCAGCAACUUUAUUGAAUCGAAUGAGUCUUCGAACGGAAAUUCUUGAUUCGGAUACACUUCGUGUUAAUAUACCUGUAACACGAUCUGAUAUUUUACAUUUUUGUGACAUAGUCGAAGAUUGUGCAAUAGCGUAUGGAUUUAAUAAUAUAAAUAAAACAGUUCCAAAGACCAGUUGUAUUGGAAAUCAAUUUGAACUUAAUAGAGUAUCUGAUCUUAUAAGACAUUCAGUAGCUGAAAGUGGUUUCACAGAAGCAUUAACAUUUACAUUAUGUUCGUGUGCAGAUGUAGCAGAGAAAUUUGGAAAAAAUAUUGAAAAUAUUCCUGCAGUACAUAUUGCAAAUCCGAAAACACAAGAUUUUCAAAUUGGUCGAACAUCACUAUUACCAGGUUUAUUAAAAACUAUCGCGAAUAAUCAAGGUACUGCAUUACCAAUUCAACUUUUCGAAGUAUCUGAUGUUAUUCUCAAAGAUUUAACAAGAGAAAUUGGUAGUAGAAAUGAACGACGUUUAUGUGCAGUCUAUUACAAUCGAUCACCCGGCUUUGAAAUAAUUCAUGGUUUACUCGAUCGAAUUAUGACAUUAGUUAAAAUUUCUUAUAAUGAUACUAAAAGUAAUGAUAUAGGUUAUUAUUUAAACAAUCAAUGCGAAGAUAGCGCAUUUUUUCCCGGUCGACAUGCAGAAAUUAUUGUACGUGGUGAAAAGCGCGGUACUAUCGGUGUUCUUCAUCCAAAUGUUAUUGAACAGUUUGGUCUGAAAUUACCUUGUUCGGUUAUUGAGUUAAAUAUUGAACCAUUUGUUUAA